AUGGCGACUCUGGCGGAGAAGCUCGAGAAGAUCAAGUCUCCCAAGCUGCAGAAUCAGCACCAUACCGCUGUGGUGCUCUCUGCAGUCGAGGACACUCUUCGCGAUCAAAAGGCCGACUUUUCUUCGACCGCAUAUUUCGCUGCUCUACUUGCCCUCCUCUCCCAGUCACUUUCUGCCGAGCAAGGUAUCGUGAACAAGGACCUCGCCACAUCCGUUGUCUACCUUCUCGAUAUCACCACCACCUACGUCCCCGAACCCAUCCUUCGUUCCAAGUUUUCUCAGAUUCUCACCAGUCUCGCCCCUGCACUGUCUCUCCCCGAAAUCGAUGCUCCCCUCUUGCGCCCGUCAAUUGGUUGUCUUGAGUCGCUGCUCAUUGCCCAGGAUGCCGCUGCCUGGAAUCUGCCCCACACAGCAAUUGGACCGCGUCGUGCGACGGCUGGUCUAUUGAGCUUGUCAGUUGACCACCGUCCUAAGGUACGAAAGCGCGCCCAAGAGGCUCUGAUCAAAGUGCUCAAGACACCCCCUCCCAGCCCGUCGCUGGACCACCCGGGCGCGGAUAUGUGCGCAGAGUCUGCGAUGAAGACGCUGAGCGACAGCAUCACAGCCGCCUCCAAGCAAAAGAAGGGAAAGCGUGAUGCAAACAGCCACGAGAACCACGAGCCUCUGAUUAUUCACUCCCUGCAACUGAUCAAGACCAUUGCCUCCGCAUCGGGCGGCUGGCCCAGCAAGAAGAUUGAGUCGCUUUGCGAGCUACUGAUGAAUGCGUCUCGCUCUAGCAACGAGUAUAUCACUAUGGGCGCUUUCGAGGUCUUCGAGGUUAUCUUCGAAGGCAUGGCCGAUGAGUUCUCAUCCUCCAAGCUCCCCCGUCUUCUAGACGCCAUCUCCGAACUUAAGCCCGCACAGAACGACUCACAGCUCCUCCCUCCCUGGAUUGCUGUCCUAUCUCGCGGAUAUGAUGUUUCUGCACAGAUCAACCCUGAAGACACAUUCGAGAAGCUGCCGGGUCUCUUCCAGCUCAUCUCUGGAUUUUUGGCCUCGCCCUCGCACAACAUCCGCAUCUCGGCCUCUGAGUGCCUCAUCUCUUUCCUGCACAACUGUAUCCCCAACAGCGUUAUUAUCGAGCCAUCUGUCUACGAUGAGAAGACUCUUGAGAAGCUCGCCCACGCGACCGCUGACCUGCUCUCCGUUAAGUACCAGGCUGCGUGGAUGGAGGUGUUCAAUGUUUGCUCCGCCAUGUUCGACUGCUACAAGUGGCAGUCCAGCCCAUUCCUUGUUGAACUCGUCUCAACUAUUGGUGAGCUGCGCAGCAAUGAGUCCUUCCACGGCAAGAAGGAGGCCGAUGGUGUUCUUAGCAGUGCUAUUGAGGCAAUGGGCCCUGAGGCUAUCCUUGAAAUUCUGCCCUUGAACAUCAUCGAGCAAAAGAAGGGCCAACCCGGUCGCGUUUGGAUGCUGCCUAUUCUUCGUGAUAGUGUUACCAACACAAACCUGCGUCAUUUCCGCUCAGAGAUGGUUCCUCUGAGUGAGGCGCUUUACCAGAAGAUUGUUGACUUUGGUGCUGCUGAGAAGUCCGUCGAAGUGAAGAUCUUCGAGACUUUGGUACAACAGACUUGGGGUAUCCUGCCGGGCUACUGUGAACUGCCUCUCGAUCUUGUUGAGGCUUUUGACCAGAGCUUCGCUGAGCUUUUGUCCAACGUUCUUUAUAAACAGACCGAGCUGCGUGUCGAGGUCUGCCGCGCUCUUCAGAACCUGGUCGAGUCCAACCAGGCUAUUCUGUCUGUCGAGGCUGAGCAAGACGACUUGAUUCUGCAGCGCCGAAUCACCAAGGCCGCUGCUGCCAAGAACAUUGAGCACCUGUCUGGCUUCGCUAGUAACCUUUUGGCCGUGCUGUUUAACGUCUACAGCCAGACGCUGCCCCAUCACCGCGGAUACAUUCUGCAAUGUAUCAAUGCCUAUUUGAGCAUUACCCCCGAGAAUGAACUCAAUGAGACCUUCACUCGUGUUAUUACAAUGCUCGAGUCAUCCUUGACCGAUGAGCAGAAGGAGACGCCCGCCCCUCAAGGAUCAUCUGCAAAGAUGCCGCCAACUUCUCACACUUUGAUCGAUCUGGUUAUCGCCAUGUCUAUUUACCUGCCUCGCUCAAGCUUUGCCGGACUUUUCGGCAUGGCUGCCGCUAUUCUCAACGGAUCGUCGCCUAACCCCGAUCAACAACUGAUCAAGAAGGCAUACAAGCUUAUCCCCCGUCUCGCUUCGACUGAGACUGGUAGAGAGGCUCUUAAUGAGCGCAGCGGUGAGCUUCAUGCUCUGAUGCUUGCGACUACAGACAAGACCCCCGCGUCUGGUCGACGAGACCGCAUGCUCGCGAUUCACGAGCUCGUCACACACCUCCCUACUUCUGACCUCCAUUUCAUUCCCUCUAUUCUGUCAGAGGUUGUCCUGGGAUGCAAGGAGAGCAACGAGAAGGCACGCACCGCUGCCUUCGAUCUUCUUAUCCACCUCGCCAAUCGCACCUGUGAUGAGGAGCGUAACCCUGCUGGCACUGUGAUUCGGAACUCACUGGUACCUCACAUGCCAGACGACUCACCUGAUGCUCCCGCCACCAUUGAAGAAUUCUUCACCAUGGUUUCUGCCGGUCUGGCUGGCUCCUCUCCUCACAUGGUCGCCGCCUCCGUCACUGCGCUCUCCCGUCUCUUUUUCGAGUACCAGAGCAAAUUGAAACCGGAGAUUCUUGGCGAUUUGGUCCAAACCGUCGAGCUCUUCCUUACCAGCAACAACCGUGAGAUCGUUCGCUCUGUUCUUGGCUUCGUAAAGGUCGCUGUUGUCAUCCUGCCUGAUGAGGCUUUGCGCCCGCGUUUGUCGGCACUUGUGCCCAACCUCAUGGCCUGGAACAAGGAGCACAAGGGUCGUCUUCGCAGUAAGGUCAAGGGUAUCAUCGACCGACUGGUUCGACGCUUCGGUGCUCCGCUCAUGGAGGCCCUUGUCGGCGAGGAAGACCGCAAACUAGUUGUGAAUAUUCGCAAGCAGCGUGAGCGCAGCAAGCGCAAGAAGAAGGAGGGCGCUGCCGAUGAUGAUGAGGAGGAUGAAGACGAGGAGAAGGCCGGUGCCCAGCAAUCCGGCAACGCUUUCGAUAAGGCUGUCUACGGCUCUGAUUCCGACUCCGACGACGAGUCUGAUGAUGGCGCCAGUGACGUCGACGUGGAUGACGGACAAGCUCGUAUCAAGGCUACUGGAGGCAAGAAGAGGGCUGGCCAGAGCACUCAGUACAUUCGCGAGACAUCCCCCGAAGAUAACCCGCUGGAUCUGCUGGCUCCCGACGCCCUCGCCAAUAUUUCCACCACCAAGCCUAGCGAUCGCUUCUUGAACACUGGACCUGGCUCUAAGAAGAAGCGCAAUGCCAAGUUCGACGCAGAUGGCCGUCUCAUUCUCGGUAAUGAUGACGCUAAUGCUGAUGUCGAGAUGGGCGGUGCUGGUGAAGGAUCCGGCGGUGUCAACGCUUAUCUCGCUGCUGUCAGUGGCCCCGAUGCUGUUCGUCGUGGUCAAAAGGGCAAGGUCAAGAUGGGCCAGGCUAAGCGUGGUCACGAUGAUAUGGACCUGGAUGAGGAUGAGGCUGCCGCAAUCGGUGAGAAUCUCCGCUCCAAGGGCCCCGGUCGUCGUGGUCUUGGUGCUCCCAAGACCCCUGGUGCCCCCGAUGGUCGGGUUGAAAAGCGUUUCAGCCCCGGCCGCGGUGGUCGCGGAGGUGGUCGUGGAGGCGAUCGUGGAGGCUUCGGAGGUCGCGGUGGCGGCCGCGGUGGUGGCCGCGGUGGUGAUCGUGGCGGCUUCGGUGGCCGAGGUGGUGGUCGCGGUGGUGAUCGUGGUGGCUUCGGAGGUCGCGGUGGCGGCCGUGGUGGAAGCCGUGGAGGCGAUCGUGGCGGCUUCGGUGGCCGAGGUGGUGGUCGUGGUGGAGGUCGCGGUGGUGAUCGCGGCGGCUUCGGUGGCCGAGGUGGUGGUGGUGGACGUGGCCAGAGACGCUAA